AUUGCCUUCCCAGUCUACCAGGCAUAAACUAACCUUGCCAUUUUGUGGAACACGAGGCAAUGGCAAUUUCCUCAAGAUGGCUGUUCUUCCUCUCCGCCAUUGUCAUACUCACUGCACAAGCCGUCGCUCAGACAAACCCGCUAUAUAAUUUCUGUUUAAACGACAAGGGCAACUACACCUCCAACAGUACCUAUGACAAGAAUCUGAAUCACCUCCUCUCCUCCCUCUCCUCCGGCGCCAGAGUUAACUACGGGUUCUUUAAUUCCUCUUAUGGCAACAACUCUGACGAAGUACACGCAAUCGGACUUUGUAGAGGGGAUUCUAACUCGGAGGACUGCCGCAGUUGCCUCAACAACGCUGCGUCUGUUCUUAAACAGCUCUGUCCCGUUCAGAAGGAGGCAAUUUUAGGGUACGACUACUGCAUGUUUCGCUACUCAAAUCGCUCUAUUUAUGGCCUCAUGGAAACUUAUCCUCGUCUCUAUAUGUGGAACGCGAAUAACGUAUCGGCCAAUUAUUUGGAUGAGUUCAAUGAUGUUCUAAGGACCUUGUUGGAAGGCUUAAGAGAUGAAGCUGCAGCAGGUGGUUCUCUUCGUAAGUACGCAGUAAAUAACACAAUCGCACCCCAAUUCCUGACGCUAUAUGCACUUGUGCAGUGCACGCCUGAUUUAUCUGAGGGAGAAUGCGACAACUGCUUAAGCGACGCUUUCGGAGAAAUCCCACAAUGUUGUAGGAAGCAAGGAGGUAGAGUGAUUAGACCCAGCUGUAAUUUCAGGUUUGAGAUCUAUCAAUUCUACAACUCUACAGCCGAGGCGUUGCCGCCGUCGAUCUCGUCCCCACUAGCACCACCAGUUUCUUCUCCUCCUCCAUCUUCAAAUAAUACCAACAGUACUCCGAGUGCAGGAAGCAAGAGCAACACAUCUCGGACUGUCAUCAUUAUAGUUGUGCCAACUGUUGCUUUUGUGGUACUAAUCAUCUCCGUCUGCGUGUAUUUAAGAGUGAGGAGGCCAAGGGAGAAAGUCGAAAGUCGUCAUGUGGAUGAAAUUAGAAGCGUCGAAUCAUUGCAGUUUGAUUUUGGCACUAUUAGCCUUGCGACAGAUAACUUUUCUGAAGCAAAUAAGCUCGGACAAGGUGGUUUUGGUACUGUUUACAAGGGUAAACUCUCCGAUGGACAAGUUAUAGCUGUGAAAAGACUAUCAAGAGAUUCUGGGCAAGGAGAUUCAGAAUUUAAAAAUGAGGUCUUGUUGGUUGCCAAACUUCAACACCGUAAUUUGGUUAGGCUCCUAGGCUUCUGCUUGGAAAGAAAGGAAAGGCUUUUAGUAUAUGAGUUCGUGGAAAAUACAAGCCUUGAUCACUUCCUUUUCGAUCCAACCAAACGUGGACAUUUGGAUUGGGAAAGACGGUAUAAAAUCAUAGGAGGCGUUGCUCGAGGGAUUCUAUAUCUCCAUGAAGAUUCUCGACUUCGUAUUAUUCAUCGUGAUCUUAAAGCCAGCAAUAUCCUUCUAGAUGCAGAUAUGAAUCCAAAAAUUUCAGACUUUGGCAUGGCAAGAUUGUUUGUAUUAGAUCAAACGCAAGGGAACACGAGCAGAAUUGUGGGGACCUAUGGAUAUAUGGCUCCAGAGUAUGCAAUGCAUGGUCAAUUUUCAUUGAAGUCCGAUGUCUAUAGUUUUGGUGUGUUAGUAUUGGAGAUAUUGAGUGGACAAAAGAACAACUGCUUCCGAAGUGGGGAGAAUGUGGAGGAUCUCCUAAGCUAUGCAUGGAAAAAUUGGAGGGAGAACGCAGCUUUAAAUAUUGUAGAUCCGACAAUGAAGCCAGGCUCAACAACUGAAGUAAUGAGAUGCAUCCACAUCGGAUUACUAUGUGUUCAAGAAAAUGUAGCUGACAGACCAACCAUGGCAUCAGUCGUUGUUAUGCUCAAUAGCUACUCCACCACUCUUCCCUUGCCUUCACAACCUGCAUUUUUUAUGCACACUAACAUGGAAUCUGAGAUGUCAUCUGGAUGGCAGCAUAGCGUAGGAAUUACAGAUCAGUCAGAUGAGAGAUCGAAAGGGAGCUCUGUUCAGGCAUCACAAAAUGAGGCUUCAAUUACUGAGCUCUAUCCUCGCUAGAGCUUCAUGCACAUAUUAUGGUGGUCCAUGAUUCGUGUGGUUUGUGGUUAUUUGAGUUCAACUUCGUAUGUAAAACUUGGGUUAGGUUCGAUUUCUCUGUUUGUUUUGUUUCUCUGUUUUUUGUGAAAUGAAACUCAAUAAGGAUUUUGCUUUUAUUUUA